AUGAACCCUGAUGAAAUAAAUGAAGUUCUCGACUACUCAGAUGAUGAUAAUUUUGGUUCUGACGAUGGUUUCUCGGUUUUUGAUGACACUGAUGAUGAUCCUGAUUUUCGAAUCGAUUUGGAUGAUUCUACACACUCAGUCAACAACUCUGGUAGUGAUUUUGAAUCAAAUUUCAACUUAUUAGAUUCAAACGAAGAAACACCUCAACCUCCUGCUUCAUCAACACCAAUACAAACACCAGUUUUUCAAGGAUCAAAUAUAAGAGUUACAUCUACGGUUCAAGAUUAUGGCAACAAUAUAAUAUGGAGUGAUAUUAUGCAAAGUAAUAAUUUAGUAUAUAAUCCAACAGGUCAAGUUGUUGGUAUAAAUCCCGACCUUAUUGAAUGUUUAACUAAUGACAGUCCUUAUGAUUUUUAUUCUUUGUUUGUUGAUGAUACUAUAAUUGAUAUGCUGGGGCAUUUUACCUCAACUACAUCAUUUUCGCCUAUAAGUCCAUCUGGAGAUGCACCAAGGUGUCCACAUUUAUGUAACCAUAAUCCAGUAUCCAGUUUAUAUAUAAAAAACAAGCACCACAGAUAUGGUAUUAAAAUUUUUAAACUGUGUAUACAAGAUGCAUACACCAUAGGAUUUAGAGUUUAUACUGGUAGAGAAGCAGAGCCUGGAGUUGAAGUAUCAACUAAAAUAGUGAUGGAAAUGUCAGAAGAAUAUUUAGAUUUUGGCCGUACCCUUUAUACUGAUAAUUGGUACACCAGCAUUAAUUUAGCUCACAAACUUUUAUCUAGAACUACUAAUUUAGUUGGUACAUUAAGAGCAAAUAGAAAGCAUAAUCCACAAGAUGUUGUGAAACACAAACUUAAAAAAGGGGAAAUUGUGGCUCAAAAAAGUAAUACAGGAAUAUUAAUUUUGAAAUGGAAAGAUAAAAGGGAUGUUCUUAUGUUAUCCACUAAACAUGAGGACAAUAUUAGGCAAAUACAAACUAAAAUAGGAACUGAAGUUGGAAAGCCAGAAGUAGUUUUGGACUAUAAUCGAGGAAAAGGUCUAGUUGAUGUGAGUGAUUUAAGAUCUUCUUAUCACACUCCUCUUAGGCGAUCAAUGAAAUGGUACAGAAAGGUAGCGUUUGAAGUUUUAUUGAAUACUAGUGUUAUAAAUGCUCUUAUAUUAUAUAAUAAAGUAAAUAAUUGUAAUAUGAGUGGGACUGAAUUUAGAGAAUCUAUUAUUUUAUCUAUGAUAGACAAACCAGUAGAUACUGAAAAUGAUAAUUUAGAAAUGCAUUCAAUAGUUGAAAAAACUACACGUAAUAGAUGUGCAAUAUGUUACCAAAAACUAGUCUUAGAGGAAGGUAGAACUUAUGCUCAAAGUAAAACAAAAAAAUUGAGAACAAUGUGUCCAGCCUGUGAUAGAUUUUAUUGUGUUGAGUGUUUUUUUGCUGAUCAUAAAUAUUUUAAAAAAAAGAAUAAAUGA